AUGUAUGCAUUCCCUGUUUUCCGGAAAACCUCCGAGGGUCAACUCCUCAUGGGGCCAACUGAGGAGGCUAAUAGGAGUGAGAUCGUGGUGGCGGGGAGAGCCAGGUGUAAGGAGGAGGUCCUGGCUGAGGCCACUGCCUUUGUGAGGCAGAAUGGAGGGAAUCCUGGAGACCAGUCCCUGGUUCUGGCUCACUGCAAGCUCCAGUUUGGAAAACACCAGGGCCAGAGGUUCCUGUGGCUGCUGGAGAACUCACUGGGGUAUGCCGUGUAUCUGGUCAGCAGCAUCAUGGGGGAGGAGGAGAGGGACAACCCGCUGUCGGCCAAUAAACACCUGUUCCUCAGAUACACCUCGCAGAUCAGGGAGGUAGGGGAGGCUGUGGAGGUGUACCUGAAAAAACAGGCCAUGCUGCAGGAGGCCCAGAGGACGGGAGACUCUGGUUAUCUGAUGGUGGAGUUUGGUGACUUCAAGGGUAGGUCAAUGAAGGAGGUGUAUGAGGACCCAAGUAAGAAGGCUCAGUCUCUCAUCACCUACCUGAGGAAGGCAAAGGCCAGGCCCAACACCAACAUGGCCCUUUUCAAAGCAUACGUGCUGAAGAGGCAGGCUCCAGCCCACCUGCCCACCACCACUAUGCCCGCUGCAUCUGCCCCCUCUGCUGCUGUGCCCACUGCCACUGUGUGUGUUCCUCCUCCACCUGCUGCCACCCAAAGCAGGCCACUGCUGGUUGCCAAUGUGAAGGCCCUGUUGGCGCGGGGGAAGCAUUUAUCUGCUUCACAGCUGGCACAAAAGAUUUUGUCGCCAGCCAAACCUUCUGUAGGACCACGUCGCCCUCCUGCGUCUGAGCCCGCAGCCCGGAGACAGCUCUUUACAUGUGACUCUGCUGCUGGGGAUUUUUUGGAGGAGGAAGAUGACGAGGAGAUGGCAACUGUAGCCUCACAAGCUGAGGAGCAACUUCAAGGUAUGUAA